GCACUCGUUUAUUGUAUUGAACAGACGUUUUUAGUCCUAUCAACAGGAAGAAGUCACCAAUUAUGGUCAUGAUGAUAUCCAGGUUUUCAAUAAUCAAAAAAGUUGUUCCUACUGCAUGCACUUCCUCAUUUAUCAGCAGGAUCGUUGCUUACCGUCUGUUUUCUGGCCUUCCUCUACGCUCAUCCAAAUCUCUCGUUGGCCUUACCACUCAGAAACAUACUAGCUGCGAUGAUAUGAUGUUGGAAUCUGUAGCAGAAACUGGGUUCUACUCACAACAUCGACCUCUUGCCCCACAGUUUGUCUUGCCGCUGGAAUUCCAACCUCUGUAUUCACAAUCUGCUACAUCGGCUUCAGCAUCAUCGGCUGAUCAAGAGAUUGCAGAGGAUGAUGUUGCACAUGCCCUUUCUAUGAAUGUGGUUGAUCAACACACUCUGCAGAGACAUAAACCAGGAACUGUUCCUCAUAUUGAUAAUGCAGAGUGGUAUGAUGACGAGUAUGCCAAGAUCUUCAACUCAUUUGCUCCUUUUGUGCCGCCAUCACAAUCUGAUGAAGCUGUAACAUGGCAUGAUCAGCCAUUUGCAUUAAAUGGAAACAUGUCAGGCAAUGUGUUUACCGAUGAUGCACAACUUUUGAAUCACUUUUUCGAGUCUUUUUCCAGUCCUGACGUCUCUCAUCCCACAAUCCAUACUGAUAGAGGUCGCCAAAGGCCUUUGUUAUUUCGUCGUACUUUACAUAUUACGCAACCACAAUCCGAUAAGAUAGAUAUUGCUUUACCGUGUAUAAAGAAAGAUUCUAUGCAAUUGGCACGCCAUAUCAACAUUAUCAAGAUUCGUCGUAAAAAAAUGAACAAACACAAGUGGAAAAAGUAUCGACGACGUGUACGCAACUCGUCAAGAUACAACAAAGAAAAGUUACGCAAGUCGGGUGUUCAACGUAAGAAGCAGGACUAGAUAUAAUGGCUUGGACUUUGGAAUCAUAUCGGUUGUUGGUUAUGCGAGUAAAAUGAGCAAAUGAAUAAUAUUUGAAUGUCUCGCAAUGAA